AGGAUAAAGACGACUUAAUAUAAAAAUCUAAAUUAAACAAUAUAUGCAUUAUGUAGAAGUAUAUUUUGAAAUAUCUUUGCAACUGGGGGUAGAGGAUGGUAAGGACCUGAACUUCAAGGCCCACUGUAGUGUGGAAACCAAAUCACUAGUCCGUGACCACCUCGAGGAUGGAAAAUAUCUUAACAUCCUUGUAUACCCGUAGCUAAACACAGUGAUUGGCAUAUAGAACUUCCAGCUCUUCCUCUAAAUCUUUUCUCCUUGGAUUCCUUACUUGUAAAAUUAUAGGAUUUGGCCCUUUAAUUUUAAAGCCAUUUCUAGCUGUUCUCUAUCCUUGAAAAUUUAUUGAAUAAUUUAGGAAGAUGGAGUUGGUUGCCAGGAAAAAUAAGGACAAUAGUACUCUGGAGACCCCUGUAUGGGCAUUGAGGAACAUGGUCAAGAACGUUGUUAAUAGUCUUGUUUAUAAUAUUAAGAAGUUGGAAGCAACCAAAGUGUCCAUUAACAAGGGAAUGGAUAAAUAAAUUGUGGUAUACUCAUCUAGCGGGCUACUGUACAGCUGGUGGGAAUAUAUUAGUAUUAACUGUAGCCACAUGCAUUAAAAUGUUUAUUAAUACAGUAUAUGUAAUUACACUUGGCCCUUGAACAACACAGGUUUGAACUGUGACGGUUCACUUAUACACAAAUGUGCAUUUAAAAAAUACAGUAUUUGGGGGAUGCGAAACCUGAGUAUAUGGAGGGCCAACUUUUGGUGUAUGUGGUUUUCACAGCGCCAACUGUGGGACUUGAGUAUGCACAGAUUUUGGUAUACAUGGGGAUCCCAGAACCAAUUAUCCUCAUAUACCAAGGAUCAGCUAGCUGUAUAUAUAAUAUAUACAGUCACGCACUCAAUAACAGUAUUUCAGUUAGCAGUGGACCACAUAUACGGUGAUGGUCUGGUAAUAUUAUAAUACCCUGUUUUUACUGUACUUUUUCUAUGUUUAGAUACACAAAUACCAUUGUUACAGUUGCCUACAGUCUUCAGUAUAGUGACAUACUGUACAGGUUUGGAGCUUAGGAGCAAAAGGCUGUACCAUAUAGCCUAAGUCUAUAGUAGGCUGUACCAUCUAGGUUUGUGUAAAUAUACUCUCUGAUGUUUGCACAGGGACAAAAUUGCCUUACAACACAUUUCUUAGAAUGUAUCCCGUUGUUAAGUGACGUAUGAUCGUAUAUAGUGGGGAGGCGUGGGAAUGUGAUCAGGGAGAGGGAAUUUCAGAGGUAUUGGUAUUUAUGAAAUCAGGUUAAGGCAAGUUAAGCUAAAGUAACAAAUAGCCCUCAUAAGUCAAUCGUUUAAAAUAAAGAUUUGGUUUUCACUCUAGUUUCAUGUUUAAUGUGGGUUUGGCAGGUGACUGUAUUCCACAGUCACUCCAUCUUUUGGUCCUGUCUUGUAGGAGUUUACCAUGGUAGGAAGAAAAGAAGAUUGGAAAUUGACCAUUGGCAAUUAAAUCCUUUCACCAGUAAAUGACAUGUGACACUCCUACUUUUAUUUACCAAAAGCAAGUCAUAUAACUUGGGAGACAGGAAAUAAAUUCUCUCUUAUCUUCUAAAAGGAGGAUUAUGUCUAUCCUUAAACAGUAGUUACUUCUACUACAGUCAUAUUUUAUUUCUUAAACUUUUUUUUUAAUCACAUAGGUUGGAAGACUGAGUGUGUGUGUUUAUGAGUGUAACACAUGCAUAUAUUUGAUGUAUGAUCUAUUUCAUAAUGAAAAAUUGGAAGAAAGCAGUACAGCCACAUGCUGUCAAUUUUUAAUUAAAUAAAUUAUUUAUUCAAAAGAGUUAUUCAUACUGAUUCUUUGCCAGUUACAUUGUGAAUAUCUUCUCCCAGUUUUUAAGUUAUCUUUUCACUUUUAUCUUUUUGAUGAACAAAGUAUUUUAUUUUUUGAGGCUUGCUCUCACCCUGUUGCCCAGGCUGAAGUGCGGUAGCACAAUCUUAGCUCACUAUAACCUUGAACUCCCGGGCUCAAGCGAUCCUCCUGCCUCAGCCUCCCAAGUAGCUGGGAUUACAGCUGUGUGCCAUUACACCACACUAGUUUUCUUUCUUUCUUUCUUCUUUUUUUUUUUUGGUAGGGAUAGGAUCUUGCUAUUUUGCCUAGGUUGGUCUCAAACUCCUGGGUUCAAGAAAUUCUCCCUCAGCCUCCCAAAGUGCUGAGAUUACAGGCAUGAGCCACCACCCCAGGCCUUAAUUUUAAUGUAUUCAAAUAUGUCAACCUUUUUUUAAUACCCAACGUUUCCACAUCUUAAGAAAUUAGUUUCUUACUAUACUUAGUAUAGUAGUUACAGGUGUGAGCCACUGCACCCAGCCACUAUUCUUGACCUUCUGUCUUUUCAUAUAAAAAUUUUAAUAAUUUUACCAAAUUUAAUGGAAAACCCGUUAGGAAUUUUGAUUGUAAUUGCAUUGAAUCUUUAGAUCAAUUUCAUCUUCAUAUUAUUAACGUUGCCACUAACAUGGUAUAUGUCUCCAUUUAUUUAGUACUUGUUUAAAUUCUCAAUAAAAUUUUAGAGUUUUCCCUAUGGAGGUACUAAACAUCUUUUCGUUAGAUUUAUUCCUAGAUAAGUGAUAAUUUCUGGUAUUGAAAUAUAUUCUCUUUAAUUGUAUUUUCUAAUUGUUUUCUGCUGAUAUAUAAAAAAUACAAGCCAAAAGAAAAGUCAACAAAAGACAUGAAUAGAUAUUUCCUAGAAAAGGAAAUAUGAAGAUAUGCUCAUCACCACCAAGGAGCAGAGAAUUACAAAUCAAGAAUACAGUGAGAUCCAUUUGAACCACAGCGACGUUUCCCCGCGAAGAAAAGUCGACAACAACUUCAGCGAGAAAAAGCCCUUGUAGAGCAAAGCCAAAAACUUGGGCUUCAAGAUGGAUCAACCUCAUUACUUCCAGAGCAGCUGCUUGCAGCACCAAAACAGAGAGUUAAUGUUCAAAAACCACCUUUUUCUUCGCCUGCUCUUCCGAGUCAUUUCACUCUCACCUCUCCUGUUGGUGAUGGACAACCACAAGGCAUUGAAAGUCAGCCAAAGGAACUGGGACUUGAGAAUUCCCACGAUGGUCACAACAAUGUUGAGAUUCUACCUCCAAAGCCAGAUUGCAAAUUGGAGAAAAAGAAAGUGGAAUUGCAAGAAAAAUCUCGUUGGGAAGUCCUCCAACAAGAACAACGGUUAAUGGAAGAGAAAAAUAAACGCAAAAAAGCUCUUUUGGCUAAGGCUAUUGCAGAAAGAUCCAAAAGAACUCAGGCAGAGACCAUGAAACUAAAGCGGAUCCAGAAGGAGUUGCAGGCUUUAGAUGACAUGGUGUCAGCUGACAUUGGAAUUCUCAGGAACCGGAUUGAUCAGGCCAGCUUAGACUAUUCAUAUGCUCGGAAGCGGUUUGACAGGGCUGAAGCAGAGUACAUUGCAGCAAAGCUAGAUAUACAGCGCAAGACUGAGAUAAAAGAGCAACUCACUGAACACCUUUGUACGAUCAUACAACAAAAUGAGCUCCGAAAGGCCAAGAAGUUGGAGGAGUUGAUGCAACAACUAGAUGUACAAGCCGAUGAAGAGACUUUGGAGCUUGAGGUGGAGGUCGAGAGAUUGUUACACGAACAAGAAGUAGAAUCAAGGAAACCAGUGGUUCGUUUAGAGAGGCCAUUUCAGUCUGCGGAGGAGAGUGUGACAUUAGAAUUUGCUAAAGAGAACAAAAAGUGUCAAGAACAAGGUGUUUCCCCAAAGAUAGAUGAACAGUGUGGAAAUUCCAGUAGCAUCCCCUUUCUUAGUCCAAACUGCCCAAAUCAAGAAGGUAAUGACAUUUCAGCUGUUUUGGCCACAUGAAGUUCUGGUAUUCUUUUGAGCUAAUAUGGUAUUGAGAAAGUAUACUUUUUGCAGUAGAUAAUGCCCUGACCUCAAUAAAAACCUCUUUAAAACAAUGUUGAUUUUUGAAUUAAUGAUUAGUUUUAGUAAAUUAAUAUGUUUGGCCAUUCUAAAAUCCAAAAUUAUGAUAAUUUUAUUUCUAGGGGUAUGUUUCACCUUGAUUUUGGCCCAGUUCUUUCAGUGUUCCGUUUACCCUUUUUACUGAAUUAAAGUAAGUGACCUAAAAGGAUGGAAGAAAAACUACAUGGUUGGAAUGUUUUUAGAUCCGAUAAAUAUACAAAAGUAAAAUGGAAAAUGAUACUCAAUACCUAGUUGAACUCAUUUCACUUCUGCUGGGAGACGUAUUAAGACUGGAAGUCCUAUUUUAUUUAAUCAAUAUCAGUAAAAAGACAAAAAUUACAGUGUGAACAAGAGAAAAACAGGAAUAGAAGAAAAAAGUUGCAGGUUGAAUUAUCUGUCUGGGUAUUACUAGAGUUGUAAAACACAACUUGGAAGUUGGAAUUUAUGUGAAGAACCAGACAACUUAAGCCAGCAUCACUUUUGUCUUCAAUCUGCCUUCAAAUGGUUUUAGUUUACAACCUGCGUUUUGUUAUUUGAAACACACACACACGCAUAUAGAAACAUAUAUGUAAUUUUACUAUUGUCUUUCCUUUAAUCAAUGAAUUAAAUUUAGACAAAACAUUCCUAAAGUGAGGCUGAAAAUAAUAUAGAAAAUCUCAUUGCUACUUGUGAUUAUCAAAAAAAGUAUGUAUUUUCUUUCUAAAGUUAUCUAUGUGUUUGAUAUGUUGGACGUGACUUACCCUGUCAUGAAGCAUUUAAAUUGUUAAAAUGCUGAUUUUCUUAUUAGUUUGUUAAUUGCCUGUUACUAGUACUUGACCAAUACAUUGUGCUAUAUGUAAAUGUGUAAAUAAAUAUUGUAAUUUUCUCACAAA